GAUACUUAAGUUUUUCAUAGACAAUCUCUUUUUAAAUGCUAACAAAAUGUUGAAAGAAUAUAGAAUUUGCAUGCCCAUGACUGUUGAAGAGUACCACAUCGGCCAACUGUACAUGAUAGCUCGGCACAGUGCAGAACAAAGUGAUGACAAAGGUGAAGGAGUUGAAACAAUUGUCAAUGAGCCUUGUGAAGAUCCCAAGUAUGGCAAAGGACAGUAUGCAGAAAAAAGAAUACAUUUAACCAGCAAACUCCCCUCUUGGAUCCGCUCAUAUAUGCCGCGAUUCAUCUAUGUGACGGAGAAGUCCUGGAAUUUUUACCCUUACACAAUCACUGAAUACACUUGUUCAAUUAUCCCCAAGUUCUGUGUGAAGAUCUGGACGAGAUACGAGAACAACAACGGCUCCAAUAAUAAUGUGCAUGCCGGAACAUGUCCUGGAGAGACUGCCACAAUAGAUUUCAUCGACAUUGCCACGGAUGAAGUGCGGCCUCACCAGUACAAGGAGGACGAGGACCCCUGCAAGUUCAGGUCGGUCAAGACAGGACGUGGCCCCCUCAGCAGUGGCUGGCGUGACCAGGCAGGCCCCAUCAUGUGCUCCUACAAGCUCGUGCAGGUCUCCUUCCCAGUCUUCGGUCUGCAGACCCGCGUUGAGGACUUUGUGCACAAGGAAGUGCGCAACAUCAACGUCUUGUCUCACCGCCAAGCCUUCGUGUGGAUGGACGAGUGGCACGGCUGGACCAUGAGCGACGUCAGGGCUUAUGAAGCCCGCAUGCAGGAGACCACAAACCUUAAGAUCCGACAAGCUCUGAAGAGCCAGGUAAGUGGCGAAUAUGAGAUGGAGCUGGACGACGAAGGCAACGUUGUGAAGGAACUGUCGUCCAGUAGGUCGUCGUCGAGCGUCUCCACGCCGUCAACUGGCCGAGCCACGACGCCCUCUGGCGGCGCUACGACGCCAGUCUCAGCUGAUGCCGCGCCUAAACAAGGCUCUUAUUUCUCUAGUUUCUUCAAGUUGUCAUAAGGCUGCGUGUGUCGGGGUCAGGACAGUACCAAUUAGUCCGCUUCAAUUCCUGAUAACCAUUGUGCAGUACUGUAUACUGUGUAUAUGUAAUGUAUACUGUGCAGUACUUUAUACUGUUUAUUUGUAUACUGUGCGGUAACCUGUACUGCACACUGUGUAUAUGUAUACUGUGCAGUACCUCAACUGUCCAGCAUUCAGCGCGCGCAGUAAGAAUUCAGGUCUCCAGUCUUCGAUUCAAUCAUGAGUGUAGCAUCAGUGUUGGGUUUUGCCUGUAAAUAGUUUGCACAAAGAUAAACUUUCUCCAAUGUUUUGAACUUACUAACUUCUGAAUAUCUCUCAUUACUUAGACGGUUGUGUUGCGCGUGGUAAGCAAUUCUUAUCUUUAAUCGUGUGUUCUCUGGACUUUAACAUCACAAAUAUGAUUUAACACGUUGACUCCGAAGUGGUACAUAUGCGUACCACGAAAUGUAUUUC